CAGUAAACAGAGCACAGAACUACCCACACUCCUACACACAGAACUACCCACACACAAAAGACACAUAGGGAAAUCCACCCCCUCACAGGCAGAUCCAGUGUAAACGGUUUGGUCAACUCCUGCUCAGGCACCUUUCUCAGCUCAGCUCUCUUCGGUACCUGGACCCAGAGGAGGACCGCUCAACGUGAUGCUUCUCUCCCAAACACUCUGCCUGUGCUUGGCACUAGCACUCAGCUAUGCUGCUCCAGCGAGAAGAAGUGUACAACUAUGACAUCGCCACAGAGUCAGUAAAGGAGAGACAGUGGGCCCACCUGCCCAACUGUACGUCUGCCUUCCGUUGGCUAGAGCAAUACAACUGUUUCUAUGGUCACAACUUCACUCGGUUGCACUCUGUAUCUGGGGAGGUGAAUGGAGUGUACCCCAAGGACGCCAGGCACUACUUCAUGACGUGCCCCAAUUUCAGUCGUAUUUAUAUGCAUCUAGACACCCAUAAUGAUGGUAAACACGCCUUCCCCAUUGCCAGAACCUGGAAGGAAGUGGCCAACGGGGUGGACGCAGUCUUCUCCUACAGUGACAAGAUCUACAUCAUCAAGGGCAACCAAGUUUACAUCUACAAAUCAGCAGCUCCCUCCACUCUGAUUGAGGGCUACCCUAAAAGCCUGAAUGAGGAGCUGGGCAUCGAAGGGCCUGUGAACGCAGCCUUUGUUUGUGCAGAUCACCAUAUCGUGCACAUUAUUCAAGAAUUUGGCAGGACAUCCAACUGGCGACCACGCCAGCCCAGGACCUCCCCAUCCGGCUUCUUCACCUACGGGAUUGUCUGAGACCAGCCACCCGGAUAGCUGUUGAAGCUGUGGGUUCCACAAACUGUCAGAAAGCAUCUCAUCUGCAUCCUCACCAGGGUCUUAAACCAUCUUCAUUGGGUGAGAGGAAAGAAUAUUGAAUAAGUGGAGAGAGAAGAACAUAAGCACCACAGGAGGCUGGUGAGAGGAGGACAUAAUAAUGGCUGGAAUGGAGUGAAUGGAAUGCUAUCAAACACAUGGAAACAAUGUGUUUAUGUGUUUGAUACACUCUUAGUAAAAAGGUGCUAUCUAGAACCUAAAAGGUUUCUUCAGCUGUCCCCAUAGUAGGAGCCUUUGAAGAACUCCGGGUAAAACCCUUUUGGUUCCAGGUAGAGCCCUUUCCACAGAGGGUUCUACAUGGAACCAAAAGGGGUCUACCUGAAACCAAAAAGGGUUCUACCUGAGGAACCUGAAGCUGCUGAAGAACCCUUUUGAAACCAUUUAUCUAAGAGUGUACCAUUCCAUUUAUUCUGUUCCAGCCAUUACAUUGAGCCCAUCCUCCUCAAUCAAGGUGUUACUGUGAUAAGGACCUGUCUGCCACCCCUAGGGCAGUAGCCAGAGAGGCCCCACUGCCCAUCUCCAGCAUCAAGGAAGGUAUGAUGACAUCAAAGUGUAUGUGGGCUCUGAGUACUACCACUAGGAGACACCAAGCCUCCUGGCUUUCAGCAGGAUCCGCCCAGAGCCUAACAAAAUCCUCCCAGACAUGAUGGGCUGUGUGGAAUAGGAGUCAGUGUGUGUGCGAUCUCUGUUCAAUGAAUAACAACUGUGAACAUCUGUACUCAAUGGACAACAUGGUGUCUUUAUUAGAACAUUAUCCAAACCUGCUGUCAAAACAUAAAAUCACGUGUUAACUCAAACAACACAAUACACAAGUCACUCGAACAAUGUUCUUUGAACGCUUCAAUUGAUACUUUAUUAUCACAUUUUAUGCUGAACAUUUUGUAUGACAGAUAUCAAAAUGUACAAAUAAACUGUAAAAGUGUGA